GUACAAACACAACGAACCAACUUCGAUAUUAAUGUUUGCUUCCAGAGUACAUGCAAAAAAAAAAAGAAAGAAGAAGUUUCACAAAACACCGUUUGUAUACAUAAGUCUAUCAAAGUUCGGGUUUUCAAAUAUUGUGGAUUUAUACAUAUGCUUCAAUGUAUAAUAUUUACGCGAAAACAUGUUUGACUGAAAGUUAACGUCAAAAUCCUCGGCGCCAUUUUACUGCUGGGACACAAACAGGAAGAGGAGUGUACUGUGUUAGCUUGACGUUUUGACUGUUUAUAAAAAUAUAUAGGUUUUUAGCUAGCUAGCCCAAAUGAAUAUCCUCUGUUAAUUGUAGGAAACGUUUUCUUCAACAGCUGUUGCAUAUUGAUGUGAACCGUGUACAAAAACCGGAGCUAUGAACGGAAGUUCGAAUCCGCUAUUAGAUAAAGAAGAACAUGUUUUGAAGCUUGGCGAGAGUUUUCAAAAACGGCCCAAAUCGUCAUUCCACACCAUCAGAUAUGAUUUUAAACCUGCUUCCAUUGACACUACCUGUCAAGGGGAGUUACAGGUUGGAAAAGGAGAUGAAGUCACCAUCACCUUACCUCAUAUUCCAGGCUCGACUCCUCCAAUGACGGUAUUCAAAGGUAAUAAAAGGCCGUAUCAAAAAGACUGUGUUCUUAUCAUGAACCACGACACAGGGGAGUUUAUGCUGGAGAAGCUGAGCAGCAGUAUACAAGUCAAGAAAACAAGAGCGGAAGGUAGCAGUAAAAUCCAGGCAAGGAUUGAACAGCAGUCGGUGCGUGCAACACAGCCUCCCUCACAGUUCCGAGCCCCCACCAAACCAGGAGUGGGAGCAAAAACUUCCCCGUCCAAGGAUAAUCCCUCCCCAGAGCCUCAACUGGAUGAUAUCAAGAGAGAGCUGCGAGCGGAGGUGGAGAUCAUUGAGCAGAUGAGCAGUAGCAGCGGCAGUAGCUCCUCAGACUCAGCCAGCUCCUCAGGCAGUGGAGACGACAGCUCCAGCAGCGAGGGGGAGCAGGAGCCUGCUCACCUGCACACAUCACCCAACCGCAACUCUGCUACCAACGGCAUUGACAGGUCGCAGGGCAGCAACCAGCUGAUGAGCACGCUCAGAAAUGACCUUCAGCUGAGUGAAUCAGGCAGUGACAGUGAUGAUGACUGAGUCCAGGACGCUCCCUCAAACUGAUCAGAAACGCACGUUACCGUUCAAAAUUUGGGGUUGCCUUGUCUUGUGCUGUUUCUGAUUUAAUAUUUAAUUUUCUCUGUUUGUAAUCUAACAUAUGUGGUCAAAACGUAGUAGUGUAGUAAUUACAGCAUUUUUAAUAUGUUGUCCCCCAUUUCAAUGUUUGAGACAAAUUAACAUAAAGGCUCAUCUUUUGUAUUUGGUUGGAUAUUAUUUGCAUGCCACAACUUCCCGAUGGCUGUAACCUAAUUUCCUAUUGUACACAGUGGAAAAAAAUAUUCAGUUUUAUUUAUUCUGUCUCAAGCAUUGAAAUGAGGGACUACAUAUAAAAAGUGCUGUAAUUACUACAUGUAUAAACAUACCCUGUAAUAAAUGCUUUCAGUCUGAUUACAAACAGAGAAAAUAAAAUAUUAAAUCAGAAAAAGAAGAAAAAGACGAGGUGACCUCAAACUUUGAACGGUGGUGUAGAUAAACCCAGCCUGAUUUUACCAUAUUUAUUAAUAUUGCUGGAAAGUUGCCCAACGUUGAGGUAUUUAGAUUGUAUUUUUUUAGCUGUAUAUUUUGUAUUGUAUCAGUUUUGUCCUUCCAUGGGAAAAAUUGUAGAUUUCAUAUUCACAUAUGCUGUGUUUAGAGCCACCUAUUGGAUCACCCUGUUUUAUCAUUAUUAGCAGUAUAUCCUAAUUAACUAGGAGAGUUUCUCAUACUCAAUUUACCCCAUUCACCUGCAAUUCAGAAGAAAUGGCUAGAUCUUAUGCAUUAUACAGUACUAUGUAAAAGUCUUUGGCACCUUCAAUUUUUAAUACAAUUUAAUCUAAGACAUUUGGUCUUAGAUUAUAUAUUUAGUUUUUUAUGUUUUCUGUAUUAGUGUGCAGAGCAAAUUAUAUUUAUAUAUAUGCAUGUCCAAACAUUUCUGAGAAUCCAAAUCCAGAAAAUAUUUUGUAUUUCAUUAAUUAAAAUAACAUAUUGAGUAAUAGACCAGAAACAAGCGAGACAAAGUCUGCAGAAGAACUGUGGCAAGCUCUCUGAACAACCUAAAAGCCGCUGUUCUUAUGUGGGGCAGUGUACCGAAGAGAAUUGAUGCAGUUUUAAAGGUCACAGCAAAUAUUGAUUUAAUUUAGUUUUUAACUGUUUAGUGUUAUUUAUACAGCAUUUCCAGAUAUUUAGAAACUUUUAAUUUCAUUGUUUUUGAAAACAUCUUCACUUUACAGAAAGAAAAAAAAAGAAGUGUUAUGUGCCUAAGACUUUUGCACAUUACUGUUGUUCUAAAAGCCUGAUAUUUAAUUUAGUUUAGUUGUAUCGAAGCACUUACUUAGUCUACACCUUACAUGUAUUUUGUUGAAUUAUAUUUUUAAGGUUUUAUCACUUUUAUUGAAGCAAUGCUGCCUGGCAUGAUGGCUAAAACCAUAGUGUGUAAAAGAAAAUACUCUUAACUGAGGAUUGUUUGACUCAAGGCAGUAGUGACCACACUAUUAUGCUCUUUGUAUUGCUCAUUACAAUGACAGGCAAGUUUGUUCCUUUCUGUAUUCUCUAUCGUUCAGAUUUAUACAGACAUGGUUGUCUCACAGGUCUUCAAGACCAAAAUGAUGCAUUUGUAGUUAAGUGAUAGUUAACCCUUGGCUACAGCAAUUUAAUCAUAUGGAUUAUUUUUAUUCUCAGCAAUAGUAUGUAUAACAUUUCAUACUUAUUUCCCUUGUAUCACACUCCUCACUCGGAUAUGUGGGUCCUUAUGAUUUGUUACUGUGUUUAUAUCAACUCAUUUUUCACAAUUUCAAUUCUACAUAUGGUAGUUUUCUAUUGUUCCAAAGACUGGAGAAGCACCAAAGCAACCAAUACAAUUAUACAGUUUCAAAUGUUGAAUACGUAGUUAACAAUGUGGCACAUUUACACUCAGUGAGCACUUUAUUAGGUAUUUAUUAGACUUAUUUUUUUAGACAUUUUAGGUCUUCUGCUGCUGUAGGCUAUCCACUUAGAGGUUUGAUGCAUUGUGUGUUCAGAGAUACUCUUCUGCAUACCACUGUUGUGUGAUUAUUUGUGUUACUGUCAACUUCCUGUCAGCUUUGUGACUUCCUGUCAGCCCUUCUCCUCUGACCUCUCAUUAACAAUGCAUUUUUGCCUGCCUGCUCAUGUUUUUUGUUUUUCACACCAUUCUCUGCAAACUCUAGAGGCUGUUGAAAUGCGUGAAAAUCCCAGGAAAUACUCAAACCACCCAGCCUGGCACCAACAAUUAUACCUAGAUCAAAAUCACUGAGAUCACAUUUUUGAAUAUUAAUUUAACAUUAACUAAAGCUCCUGACCUGUAUUUGCAUGAUUUUAUGCAAUAAGUAGGUGUACAGGUGUUCCUAAUAAAGUGCUCAGUGAGUGUAUAUCAGUGCUUAACAUGCCUGCUUCAUAGUCUUGAAUGCUUAGGUAGCCCAGGGCAUUACUUCUGUCAGUGGCGAGCAUGUCUUGAUGGUAAUCAAAUCUAUUUUCCUUAGUCUCAGAUUUGUAUCAUAUCUGCUACCUCCAGCUCCCCAACUUUAGCUUUGUAACAAUAUUUAUUUUGCUGUGUUAAUUUCUCAUUUGGGAUGUUAAAGUGUUUUGUUGUAUUUUCAUGCAUUGCAUUGAAAUAUUAAAUGUUACCAACCUGUUUAAUCUUCA